CUCUGGCUCCAGUGAUACUGCAGAUUAUCUGCGAUUGAAGAUGACACCGCAGUCCGAGGAGAUUUAUAUUCUGAGGCGGGAUGGAACGGAGUCCAAAAGACUGGACAAGCAACAUGAAUUCAUACAACAGUACACCAAACCGCUGUUCGAAGAAUUAAUUCCGCCAGGAGAAAUAUUCGCUAUUGCCGACAUUGGCACAGGAACAGGGAUCUGGCUUCACGAUGUGGCCAAAAUGCUAAGACAACAAUAUCCCACUGCCCAGCCCCGACGAUACCAUGGAUUCGAUAUCUCAGCCGAUCAGUUUCCCAUCACAGCUGACGAUGAGUUCAAGUUCACCGUCCAUAAUGUGCUGACUCCAUUCCCGGCCGAGGAGCAUGGCCGCUACGAUCUUGUCCAUGUCCGUUUUCUACUCUUGGCUCUUGCCAAAGAUCAAUACCAAACAGCUCUGUCCAACCUGACUUCCCUUCUAAAACCCGGUGGCUACCUGCAAUGGGAGGAAUUCGACAACCGAGGGUGGACCGCCACCCCCCAUACUGGUCCCCCAGUCCUCUUCGAAAUCUGCCGAAUCAUGAUUGCCGGCAUUGCACCAACUGGAAUCAGUCUUUCAGCGACAGAAACGGUGCUGGAGGAAGUCACCAAGGCCAAGUUCGAUGAUACGACGAUCACAUAUCACAGCCCUAUCGGCGAACCUCAGCUUCAAGGUAUGGCCCUGGACUGGCUUCGUGCGGCUGCGUCGGUGAUGGUGUCGCGGUCUCUGUUGAGAACCGGAGAAGAGAGCAGCGAUGCAGAUGCUGUGAGGAGAGCUGAAACUUUACUGGAUGGUUGUGAAGUCGAAUGUCCAGAAUGGGCGCUUGAGGUAUGUAGAGUGGGUCGGAUUUCUGGCAGGAAAGCGCUUCUUUGAUUUAGCUUACUGUAUAUAUUAGCCAUUAUUCUUGUACGACUAUAGACAGCUCAAUUCAAGUUAUAGAACAUCUCAUCCCUCCAUCUUGAACUAUUCAUCCAGUUUCCUGGACGCAUUAGACUGGCGAUAUACAAAGUCCCCCUUCAGAUAUUUCUGCAUAAGGUAUCCCACUGCACCCGCUCCAUCC